AUGGAAAGAAGAUGCCUCUUCUCCGUGUUUUAUCUGGUCGUGGUGCCCGGUGUGGUGGGCCAGCUUGAAGAUGUCAUUACACAGACAAAAGUGGUCCGUGCUUUGCCGGGUACCGAUGCGACUCUGGUGUGCAGCUUCCCAAGAUCAGACCACAUCUACGUAACACAGAUGCAAUGGUCCAAAACUGACAGCAACCAGCUUACCACGAUAGCUGUUUAUCACCCCAUUUAUGGCGUCCAGUACUUCAAGUUUCCCGAGACUUCUUACAACUUUUCAGUAUCCUUCAGCGUCGGGAGCUGCUGCAGCAGGGAUGCUAAAGACACUCUGUGUUCUCCUAGCCCCCAAAUCUUUGAAGAGUGCAGCCAGUGUGCUCUGCAGCUGAAAAAUGUUAGCGUCUCCCUGAGUGGGCAAUACGAAUGCAGCCUCGCUACUUACCCCUUUGGGACCAAAGCUGGAAAAAUUCAUCUUAUUGUGGAGGCAGAAGAGGAGCAGCAUUACGUGAAGGAAGUGCAGUUAAACCAGACUUUAGAAAUUCCAUGCCUUGGGAACGUGACCUCAGAAAACCUGUCCAGUUAUCCUUUGAAAUGGCUAGUGGGGGAAAAUGGAAGCAAAGAAGAGCUUGUAACUAAGGAGCCCUCCUCUACUGAAGUAUACAGCAAUGCCAGUGUGUUGUACAGAGAAAGAAUCCACCUGGGUCUGAAUAACAGUCUAAAGAUUUUCCCCACCAAGCUCUCCGAUGACGGCAAGGUAUUUUCGUGCCAUGUGCUGUACCACCCAGAGCGAACCCGCAAGAGCAGCACCACAGUGAGAGUCCUGGCCUACCCUGAAAUCUCUGUCACCCUACAAGAGGGUUCAUCUGGCACCUUGCAAAAGCCUAAUGUUAGCUGUGUGGUGAGGAAGGCGUUUCCCAAGCCCAGCCUUGUGUGGUACAUGGACAGAGAGAUCCUGAUGGACCAGUCUGGAGAAAUGUCUGUAGAACAAGAAGAUUCACAAGAUAGUGAAGGUUUCUAUCAGCUACGAUCAACACUGAUGUUACAUGGGACCCACCAGGCACAUAAGAUAUUCUCGUGUGCAUGUCUCUUUUCCUUCCUCGGGAAUGCAACGUGGACUAUUUCAUCAGAAGAAGUAUUUUUUUCUUUUGAUAACAAGUCUAAUGAAGUCUCAACCCAAGCUUUCUCCACUGUGGCUUCAGAAGAGCAUCAGUCUGUAUCUUUGGCCUCACUGGAUUUCACAAGUCAAGCAAUCUUGGCUCCUGCUACCAUAACACAAGCUGGGGAGAUGAAUUUUACUACAGAAGCAAAAAGCUAUAGCACCACAACAGCCUACAAUAAGAGUUUGACGACAGCAGGUAAUCCAUCCUUCAGUGUUACAGACCCCACAAUUGCAAUUACCAGAUGGAAAGAUUUCUAUACUACCAGCAAUCUGGUCAAUAGUACAGGCACUGGGAGGAACGCGAAAGCCCGUCCCUUCCCCUGGCCGACGGCCGUGGCAGUCCUGCUGCUGCUCUGCGGUUCCCUGAUAGCUUUAGGAAUCAGGAAAUGGUGUCAAUAUCAAAAGGAAAUUAUGAACAGACCUCCAUCUUUCAAGCCACCACCACCGCCAGUAAAGUACACAACCAUGGUGGAGUUAGAUGGGACUCCCCCAUCCUGCCACGAACUGGAAAGCCUGUAACACUGCCUACGCCCUCUGUAGGGCACA